AUGGCAUCCCCCUGUUUCACCAAGGUCUACCGCACAACCACUUACCCGGCCAUUGAGCCCUCAAGACCCGAAUUGUCGACAAAGGACAAGACGGUGGUAGUGGCGGGCGCGGGUGAAGGAAACCUCGUUGCUGCUGUUGCCUUGUCAUUUGCAAAAGCCGGCGCCCAGAAAAUCGCACUCACAGGAGCAACCGAGGAGACUCUCGAGAAGACAAAAGCAGCUAUUAAUCAAUCGUUCCCGGACGUGACGGUCCUGGUGACUCCCGCGGACCUCUCCAAAGCCAAUGAAGUCGGCCUUGCGGCACAUACCAUCCGAUCUGAUCUGGGGGCCUGGGACGUGUUUGUAAAUUGUGCAGGGUACUCGCCAACCUCGACCACCCUCGCCGGAGCGGAUGAAGACGACUGGUGGCAAGCAUUCGAGAUCAACACCAAGUUCUCCGCCCAUUUCGCAAAGCACUUCCUCCCAAAGUGCCGCGCCAACGCGACGUACGUCGACGUCAACGCAGCGGCAUGCCACCGGAGAGCCUCCCAGUCUCCCAAGGACUCGGCAUACCUGGCCUCCCAGUUGGCGGCGGCAAAGCUCGACGAGUACCUCGCAGAGGAGAACCCCAAACUCCGCGUCUUUACGGUGUACCCUGGUGACACUUCCUCCUCCUCCACCUCCGCUGAAGGCCUCGAACUCGCCGCACACUUCACAGUCUGGCUCGCCAGCCCCGAAGCCGACUUUCUCAAGUCCGGGAGAGUUGUCGGGGCGAAUUGGGACGUCGAGGAGCUGGUGGCCCGCAAGGUGGAGAUUGAGGCGGAUCCCACGCUGUUCAGAGUCACCAUUGGCGGGUGGCCGCCGACUCGGUAG